AUGAAAAUCGCCAAACUCGGUAGUCGAUGUGAUGUGAUGGGGAAAGUACAACUAUAUUAUAUUACUAUUACUACUAGUACUAUUGGAGUUGUGGUGGUGAUAAUAAAUGAUGAUGAUGAUGAUGAUGAUGGUGGCAUUAGCAGAGAGCAUGAACUAAAAAUGCUUGAUAAAGAGAUACAAGCAACAAAGAUAGAUAGAAAAGAGAGAGAGAGAGAGAGAGUUAAAAAAGCAGCAAAAGUACUCAAAAACAACACAGACAGACAGAAAAGCAGCAGCACAGUUUACCCAUUUGCUGUGUCACCUGAUCAUCAUCCAUCACCUUCUUCUUCUUCAUCUCAGAGUCAGCAAGCAUCAGUAUUUUAA